AUGGCAUCGUCCCAAACCUCUAAUAACAACACCACCACUACCACCACCACCACCACCAACAACAACAACCACACCACCAAUAAUACCGUCGCCAACAACACCUCAGACAACAAUACCGCCAGCUGGGUCGACGCGUGGGCCGCCGCCUAUGGCACCAGGAGUUUUCUUCCGUCAGAACUUGAAUACUAUGAUCCUCUGGCAGACUACGAUUUCGACGGCAACGACGUUGAAGGCCUUGAACUCCAGGUGGUGGUCGAACUCAUCGAGGAAUAUGUCGACGCCGAAUACGUCGAAGACGGAUUUGAAGAGAGCGGCAUCCGACACAUCGAGGGUCUCGGGGGCAUCGAGGUUUCUUGGAUCUCGGGGAUUGGGCGAGACGAGGACUUAGUCCCUAAUCGCUCAGAUGGAAUUGGGCUUUCUCACCAACAACGUAUAUCGGUUGUACCGGAAGAGGAUGGCCAGUGA